GCUCACAUCCCACUCUUUAUCAGCGAGUUUUAAAAUCCAGUCUUCCGCCGGAGCCGAGAGUUUAUCGGAGGGAUACACUUAGAGAGCAUCGCUUAUUCAUUGUAAUAGAAUAAAUACUGUCUAAGAAUCGAAUAUAGAGCUUAGAAGAGUUUUCUAGUUAAGAAUUUAACUAGCAAUAUUAGUCAUAUUAGCUCGAUUAUUUGGACUAUAUUUCCAAAGGAGUAUUUUUGAUCCCUGACUGAUUGAUAUAUUUGGAGCUUGAUCUCACUUUCUUCCAUUUCAGGAGUGAAAUAAAUCAGUUGAUAUAAAGAUCAUCUCCCUCUUUUCAGAUGAUUUCUCAAUUAUCGCAAAAGAAGCAAGUGAUUACCAUCAGUAGAGCUUAAAGGUAAAUUUUCAGUUUUCGAGAAAUCAGAGAGACGAUUCCAGUCGUCGAAAAUGACGCCAAUGUCAGAUUAUAGAAAGAUGUCUCUUAUGCCAGACAUCCAUAAUGUAAUCCGUAGCCAGUCCGACACAAGUUAUGAAAGUCUAGCUUCCGCUAUGAAAGACAAACGAGGAAGGAGAUACAGUGAGUGGCCAGUCAAAGAGGACAGGAAGAUGGUACUCCGUCCUUUGCAACUAAAUGACAGCGAUCCUAAAGACUGUAAUGGUCUCCUCUAUAGAAGAUUGUCCAGAGCUUCGCCAAAGGUACAGCCUACCUCUCAGUCAAUCAAGACAAUGUCUGACUCCAGAGAUGGAGUAUCAAGAUCUUAUUCAGUGAAAUCUGUGAAAAAGUAUGCCGAAAGGCAAAGACACAGAGGUUCCAGCAUUCCUAGCGAGGCAAAUCACUGUGGCACCAAAGUGAAAGAAAGAACUGUCUCCAAUAGAUCAUUGCCAUUGCCUGGAGACGAGUCUGACUACUUCAGAUUGAGGAAUUUCAGCGUCACUUCCAAAGGAGUUAUAAAUCGUGGAGAUUCGUUCAGGUCCAGGUCGAAUUCUAAUGUUCCUGGUCUUGCUGACUCAGAAGAAGCAACUUCACCAAUUCCUGAAACAACAGAACAGCCGUCACCUCUACGUGAUGAGGAAAGAGAUAUUUCAGACCAAAAGAAAUCGUACCGGGUUCUGCUAGUAGGAGCCUCGGGUGUUGGCAAGUCAUCUAUGUGGAAACAGUUCCUGACAUCAGAUUAUAUCUGUGAUGAUGAUUUCACAAUUGAUAGAGAAAUCGAUAAGAUGAUAACAGUGAACUUAAACAAUGAAGAAUCUCAGAUGGAAUUUGACGAAGAAACACUCCAUGAUCAAAAUGCCUACACACUGAAAACUGACUCCGUGGAACACGAUGCCUUCGUCAUCAUCUAUUCCGUGUCUGACAGGAAAAGUUUCUCACAGGCGAGACAUUUCCUCUCACAGCUGGAGAGACACAUUGAUUCGAAGGCUGUAAUCCUCGUUGGCAACAAAACAGACUUGGCCCGUCUAAGAGUGGUUUCGACGGAAGAAGGCAAAUCCUUAGCAAAGGAUAGAGGUUGCAAAUUCAUCGAAACUUCUGUCGCCAUUAAUCAUCAAGUAGACGAAUUACUCGUUGGAACGCUCAGCCAAAUUCGCAUUAAAGCUAAAGUUGCUGAAAAACUAAGGAAAAAGCGGGAUUCGCACGGACGCAGAUCCUCAAUAUACUCAGGCGGACUCAAGGCCUCAGGAGUUCUCAAAAAAAUCCUGAGAAAAGCUUGUAUGAAAUCCAAAUCCUGCGACAACUUGCAUGUUUUGUAACUUUCUUGAAAUGAAAAUGCCUCAGUGCCUUACAAGGUGAACUAACACUUCGUGAUUUAAACCAAAGUGGAUCAAUAUUUUAUGUUUUUUUAAGACUUUUUGUUUGUAAAUAUUUAACAGUUUACUUUUAUGUUGGUGAGUGGAAUUUCUAGUGGCUGUACAUAUAAUAAUAUUUCGUGUGAACUGUCUUGAAUAAGGCAUUACUUUUUAAGUAAAUGAUUGCUUGUGUGUGUUUUUUUUUUAAUUUUCUAAUAAGUAUAUUAAUUUCCUUAUUAAUAUAAUAUUUGUCUUUGAUAAUAAAACCUGAAGUAAAGGAAUUUUGAAUAUUUUUAUCGCUUGGAAGAUGUUUUAUGAAACAAUAAUUGAUUAUAAAACUUCUUUUAGAAAUUCCGAAAGUUUUUUUUUUCAUUCAAAAGUUUACUAUAUUUUAAAGAAAAAAAUAUAUAAAAAUGCUUCUUUAAUCAAUAACCUUAACAAAAUAAAUAAGACUGUAUAUUAUUCUUAAUAAUCAAUCUGAUUUCGAAUUAUUUUAACCUCUAAAUCCAUAAACCAAUAAAAAGAUGAUUGAAUUUCCUUUUUUCCAAAAAUAUAUGCUCUUUGAUAAUGCAUUUUUCUUUUUGAUAAUACUUGUCAAGUUUUGAAUGAAGAAAUCAAAUUUAAUUACCCUAAUGUUCAUUUUCAAUUUUUUAAAUUUAUUUUUCUAUCUUCAGUUUCAAUUAUGAAAGAUCAUAAAGUAAAUUGCCUGACCAUCAACUUAGGCUUAACAUUCAAAAUUUCGUAAGCUAAAAUAUGGAUCUGAAUCAUCAGAUCAUCGCAUAAAUAAUAUAAUUUCUUAUUGGUAGAAAUUGAAAUUUUAUUUUUAUAUAUUUCAUUUUCUAUAACAACAUUUUUUGCUUUGAACACUUUUAGUAUGGAUUAAAAACUCAUUCUUUAAUACAUAAAAAUACAUCUUCUAGUCUGUACUCUGUAAAUACGCAUGUAUCUCUGUAGCAUGUAGUUUUAAUAUUCGGUGUUUUAUAUGAAACAUAAGCCUUAAAAACAUGUCUCUAAUUUAAACUUUUUAGAUAACAUUCUUCGAGAAUUUUUUACUAUAAUAGUUAAUUUUAGUGGCGUGAUAUAAGAAAAAUCUUUUACGACCAGAUUUGCACAUUUAUUUUUUAGUAAAGAACCAGUAUUGUGAGAGAUAAAAUUUAUUUCCAAAGGAUGGCUUUAGAAUGAACAAUUUAUUUCAUGGAUAAUUGAUAAUGGCUGAGAAAGACUAAGCCUGUUUCUGCUUAUAUCUACAGAAUCUGAAUGUUUCGGUAAACGAUUGAAAAUAAAUAAAAAAAAAAAAAGAGUUCGAGUUUUAAUGCUUUACUACAAAUGAAAAAGUUUUAUAGAAGAAAUGCCUUGUAUUGGUGCUAUUUGAAAUAUGCUUUAUACACUGGACCAAAACCCAAAAGGAAUGUUUAACAUCGAUUUUUAUGAAUAUGUCUUUUUCUUAAUAUUAAAAUAUUUGACAUGAUGAAAUCUAAUUUUUAAUCAUCGUACAGUAUGUUUAUGAUGCUUUUGCCAUACAUAAUUUUUUUUGUAAAAAUAAAAAAGAAAUUUAAUAAGAAUUUGAUAAGUAAUCAGAAACAAAUUUAGAAGCAUUUUGUUUUUAAAAAAUACUAAAACAAAAUACUGAAUGAUUCUUUUUUAUUUGAAAAGUUUCAAAAGAAAAGCAGAUUUUAUAUAAAUUAUUCAAAAUUUAGAUCCUUUCUUAACAAAGACAAAUAAUAAUUGUUUCUUAAAAAAAAAUAUAAGUUUUCAAUUAUUUUUCAAAAGCGAAAGUGAUUUGUACAUAUUUUGAUUGUCAACAAGAACCAUCGCGUAAAGAAUAAUCACCGAUCGCAAUGAUAGUUUUCUAAAGAAAAAGAUUCAAGUCAUAAACUUAUUGUUAACAUUCUCCUGAGAAUUUAGAAAAUUCAAGAUUACAAUAGGCAAUCAUAACACUGUAUUAGCCUAAGAACAAUAUCUUUAAUAGAAUACAUUUAAUUCUUGUAUAUGAUUACUGUAUUAGAAAUGAUCAUCGUUCAAAAGAGUUAUAAAUGUAUAACUUAAUAGAAAAUUAGAUUUUGAAAGAAGUAAAAAAAUAAUAAUUUAUAGAAAUUGUAUAGAUUUUUAAAUAAUGUAAAAUCCUUAAUAUAUUGAUCAUUGUCAUUUGUUAUAAAUAAUUGUCAUUUUGAAUAUGGCACAAAGAAUUGCACAUAAUUUUUCAUAAUGGCACAUAAUUCAUUGAAUUAUUAUCUUAGGUUCCUUACUGAUUCUUCAGAAAGAUUUUUUCCUGCAUAAUAAUUCAAUUUUUAAAAACGUUUAAUUACGUAAAAAUAAUAUUAUGUUCUUAUUAGAACAAAGUGCCCAACAAUAUUGCUAUAGUAUUCAACAAUAUUGCUAUAGUAUUCAACAAUAUUGCUACAAUAUUCAACAAUAUUUCAACAAUAUUAUUAGAAUAUUCAAUAAUGUUGCUACAAUAUUCAAUAAUGUUGCUAAAUAUUGUUGCUACUCAGAAUAUCUAAAAAUAACAUGGAGACAGCUUAUAAUAUCUUGUACUGAUAGGUAUGAGAAAUAAUUCAAAUAGACUGCAUGUAAAGCAAAGUUUGAGCGAUUGCACCAAUUUAGAAUCAUUCCGCGGCGGAGGUAAAAUCUUUUCUUUUGCUUGGCAAAAACUAUGUUUAAAAUUAUUUCAUUUUCAAAUGUAUCAGUUUUAUUUAAAUGUAUUAAAAUUAUAUAUAGGAUAUUUAACUGUGUGAUAUAUUCUCUCUCAAAGUUUUAACCUACUACUGAACUUGAAAUAAUAGAAAUACUGUAUCUUUAAAAUAUUCAUCAUCUUGUUUAUCUUCUGUAAUCCAUUCGUAAUCAAGAUGUGUGUGCUUUUGUUUUUCUACUAUCAAAGUCAUUCAUCAGUUCUGGUUCAUCUGUUGAUCGGAUAGUAUCGGAAUCUGCUUAUUGUUGGGACGAAACAUGACUCAUAUUAAUGUAAAUGGUAUUUUAAUAUUUUAAGUACUUGUGUAAAUAGGAUGGCGAUUUGUAGUAUGUAUCAUUUGUAUAAACAAUACUGAUUUUAUGUAAUAAAAUAAAUUUUAAGCCUU